CGUCACUGGCGGGCGGGAUCCCUCCGCUCUAGGGAGAGCAGAGCUGGACGGUGAGUUGCGGUGACUGAGGAAAUCCAUCCGCGCCGCCGCCGCUGCCGCCUCCGCCGCGGAGGAAGACAGGACCUCUCGCGCUCCUCUAGCGACCCUUCGCAGAGUCCCACCGCCACAGGCCUCGGGCCAGCGGCGAGGAGCUGCCUCCCCCAGCCCCCGUCCCGCGGCCCCCAGCCGCCCCCAACCCCGCCCCACGGGCCCGGCGCCAUGAGUGAGCUGGAGCAACUGAGACAGGAGGCUGAGCAGCUCCGGAACCAGAUCCGGGAUGCCCGAAAAGCAUGUGGGGAUUCAACACUGACCCAGAUCACAGCUGGGCUGGACCCAGUGGGGAGAAUCCAAAUGAGGACACGGAGGACCCUCCGUGGGCACCUGGCAAAAAUCUACGCCAUGCACUGGGGGACAGACUCAAGGCUGCUGGUCAGUGCCUCCCAGGACGGGAAGCUCAUCAUCUGGGACAGCUACACCACCAACAAGGUCCAUGCCAUCCCGCUGCGCUCCUCCUGGGUCAUGACCUGUGCCUACGCGCCCUCAGGAAACUUUGUGGCCUGUGGGGGAUUGGACAACAUCUGCUCCAUCUACAGCCUCAAGACCCGUGAGGGCAAUGUCAGGGUCAGCCGGGAGCUGCCUGGCCACACUGGGUACCUGUCAUGCUGCCGCUUCCUGGAUGACAACCAAAUCAUCACCAGCUCUGGGGACACCACCUGUGCCCUGUGGGACAUUGAGACAGGCCAGCAGACGGUGGGUUUUGCUGGACACAGUGGGGAUGUGAUGUCCCUGUCACUGGCCCCCGAUGGCCGCACCUUUGUGUCAGGCGCCUGUGAUGCCUCCAUCAAGCUGUGGGACGUGCGGGAUUCGAUGUGUCGACAGACCUUCAUCGGCCACGAGUCCGACAUCAAUGCCGUGGCUUUCUUCCCCAACGGCUAUGCCUUCACCACGGGCUCUGACGACGCCACGUGCCGCCUCUUUGACCUGCGGGCCGACCAGGAGCUCCUCAUGUAUUCCCAUGACAACAUCAUCUGCGGCAUCACCUCUGUUGCCUUCUCGCGCAGCGGCAGGCUGUUGCUCGCUGGUUACGACGACUUCAAUUGCAACAUCUGGGAUGCCAUGAAGGGCGACCGUGCAGGUGUCCUCGCAGGCCACGACAACCGAGUGAGCUGCCUUGGGGUCACUGACGAUGGCAUGGCUGUGGCCACAGGCUCCUGGGACUCCUUCCUCAAGAUCUGGAACUAACAGCCCCGACCCCAGCUGGGCCCAGGCUAGGAGGGGCCCUGCCCAUGCCCACACUACAGGUCGGGAGCUCUGGGGCUGGGUGCACACCGAGCCUCCCUCCUCGGGCCACGGGGCCUCGGGUCCCUGCUCCCCUACCCAGGUUUGGUUCCUCCCGGGGCCCCCACUGUGGAGAUUAAGAUGGGAAUAGAAUGGGGGAAGAGGAGGGGCAGAAAGCCCUCAUCCUUUUGCUGCCCUGGGGUCAGGGCCUCAUCCCUCUGGAGGGCCAGAGGCAGGAGGUGGAAACUCCAGGGGCUGGCUUUUUUAAAACUGGUUUUAUUUUAAUUUUUAUUAUAUUUUCAGUUUUUCCAUAAAGGAACCAAUUCCAACUCUGUACCUGGUCUCUACCUUUGCUUAUGUCUUCCUCGCUCUAGGUAUCUGUCCCCAGCGGCAGACCAGCUGGGGGGAUGUGGGGCUCCAAAUAGUGGGGUGGGGACUACCACUCCUCCUCAGCCGGAAGCGGAGUCACAGGUGGGAGGACCUUCUCUGGCCCGCAGGUCACAGGUGUUCCACACACACAGCCCUCCCAUUUUUAGUCUGGCCUGGUUAGGCUGGCCGACCAUAGCCACCCCUUGCCUGUGGCUUUUUCAGUUCCCCGCUCUUUUGAGCUGUGCCUCUCGUUCCCAACAUCCCCUUACCCCAAGAAACAACUCAGACGCAGGAGGGGAGAACACACACCAAGUUUUAUUGGGGGGAAGCAGAGUAUUUACAGAGGCAGGUAGACGAGAAGGGAGUCACACAGGUUGGGGAGAUGGUGGGUACAAGGCAGACAAGGAUACAGAAUGACCCCUGCACCCACCCUAACCCCAGGAAGGGCGGGGGAGCAGCCGGGGCCCAGGAAGACGGGCUGGGAAAGGACAGCAAGGGGCCUGAGUCCCUGGGCUGGGGGGCUCAGGGGCUUGUAAACAUUGACCACUCUCAGAAGGGGAUGGGGGUGGGAGAGGGCUCCCCCUACACUUCCUCACAGGGUUAAGGCCUCUCCAGGCUCAAGGGCCCCCUAAAUUCAAAGUCUCUUUAGCUGGGGGGGAGGGGAAGGAAGAGACGGGGAAGAGUGUCAUCCCCCCUCCCCCUGCAUUGGCUGCGGCAGGGGUGGGGGCAGUUACAUUCAGUCACAACAGUACUCCCCCAACACCUCUAAUGCCACCAAAUACUGGCUCGAGGAAAGGGGGAGCUGGGGGGCCAGCAGCAGCAAGACAUUUCCCCCUGGCCCAUCACCCCCUUAUUGCUUUAGAGAGAAUAUUGUCUUUUCACGGACGCUAACACUGUUGAAACCAGGGAGAAGCAGGUGGAGGGGGCCCCUCCACCCCCGAGGCCAGCUUUAUCCCCCAACACUGACCCAGUUGCCACUUUGGUGCAAAAAAAAAAAAAAAAAAAGUUAAAAAAAUCAUCUCUCUGGGGAUAGAUGGGGAAAGAAAACUGGGGCCACUCCCCAUUUCCCCAGGGCAGGAAGGAUAAAUACAUUCAUGGAGGGAGGCAGUGGCAGAAUCUUGCCCUAAUACUGCGCUCUGAGCAAUGAGGUCCACGGGAGAAGUUAAAUGAGAAAUCCAAAAGAUACAACAAACUUUAAAAAAAAAAAAAAAAAACAA